AUGAAGUGGCUGGUAGCCGUUUCGCUAGGUUACUGUUCAUUUUUAAUUCUUCGUUACAUACUGCGCAAAAGAAUUCUUAUUCGAGGAAAAACAGUUUUAAUUACUGGUGCUUCGUCAGGUCUCGGUGAAGCUUUAGCACGAUGUCUUUUCCGAAGACAAUGUCAAUUAAUUCUCCUAGCAAGACGUUAUGAUCGUUUGGAGCGAUUAAGCCAAGAGCUGAUGGAAUCGCAUCCGACAUAUCCAAAGCCAAAGCUCGUUCAAAUCGACCUGUCACAAUUUGAUCAAAUAGCGUCGUCGACAACCUUGUUGAAUAUUCUUCAACAAGAAUCGAUCGAUUGUGUAAUCAACAAUGCUGGUAUCAGUCAACGUUCAUCCGUACUCAGUACACCUAUUGAACUUGUGAACGAGAUAUUUCGUUUGAAUUACCUUUCAUUAGUUACAUUAACAAAAUUAAUUCUAACUAAAAUGAUCGAACGGAAACAGAAGAACGCAACUAUUGUGAACAUAUCAAGUUUACAAGGUUUGAUAGCUGUACCCGACCGCAGUUCUUAUUCAGCAUCAAAACAUGCCGUACAAGCAUUUAGUGAUUCGUUAAGAAUGGAACUUCGAGAAGAAUAUCCUGAACAAAAUCUUCAUGUUUGCGUUGUGAGUCCAUCGUAUAUACGUACGGAACUCGGUCAGCAAGCAAUGAGUCGUUUAAAUACAAGUGAAAGCCAUGCUCCAGACAACCAUUCAUCAGCAUAUGAAGCAGAUUACGUUGCAGAAAGGAUUACUAAAGCAAUUGAAUACUGCGAAGACGAUGUUAUAAUCGCACCAUUUCAGCAGAGGAUUGCAAUUUGGUUAAGAAGAUUCUGGCCUGAAGGAUUUUUCAAAUUGAUGAUUGCAAGAAAUAGACGAUUAAAAAGAAAAAAUUAA